GUACUUUUUAAUAUUUUUUAUAGUUGGUUUACCGUUGGUUUAUAUGCAAGUGUCCAUCGGGCAAUACACUCAACGGGGUGUGUUGUUCAUAAAAGAAAUAAGCCCAAUUGUACACGGUACCGCUUAUACAACUCUAUUAACUAACUUAGCACAUAGUAUUAAAUUGGCUACAAAUAUGGGUGUGACGUUAAUAUAUAUGUUAUCAUCACUAAAGAGUAAUGCGCCAUGGCUUCAAUGUCCCGAAGCACUUGACUGUUGGAAUGGUUCACAUCCUUGCCAACAAGAUUGUUUGAAUGCCCAUAUAGCAUCCGCGAAAUUUUAUUAUAUUAUAAUGCACUCAGGAUAUAUCCCCGAUUUUGCUAGUGGGGUUUUAUGGAUGAUCAAAAAACUGCUUCCAAUAUCUUGCUGUUGGUUUCUACUUAUAGUAUGUCUUGGUUAUUCAAAAAUUAGCUACAGAAAGCUGAUAACUAUUAUGCUUUUUAUAGUAGGUGUUUUAUUUGGUGUUGUAUUUGCAGCACCUUUGUUAACACAUGGAGGCAUAAAAUUUUCUGAAUACUUAAUUAAGAUGUCAAUGAAACAAUUCGUGUCCAAAGGCGCAUGGGCUGUAACAUUUGUCCAAUCAUUUCGGGUAUUAAAUUUAGGAAGAGGAUUACAUAUAACAACAGGAACAUUUUUAGCACCGAAAGCUCAUUCCGCUCUUCUUUCAAUUGGAGUUACCGUAAUAGUGUAUGCGGUAAUAAUAAUUAUGAGCUGUCUUGCGUUUACUAGUUAUUACGUAUUAUUCACAUUUGGGCAUACCACUGAAUUAGGUCUGAUAACAUUGUGGGAAUUUUCAUCAACUGAAGUUGUUUUAGUAGCAGUUCCCCAAUCGUUGGAAUUUAUGAAUAUGCCUCAAUUUUGGAGUUUUAACUUUUUCGCAUGUUGUUUAUUAAUGAACAUGAACUGUUUAAUAGUAAACAUCAUUAUAUUAGAGAAAUGUUUUACCGAUUCCAAUCCCAAAUUACAAAAAUAUCGAGUUUAUACUACGUUAGUAGUGGCUACGUUAAUAUUUGUGAUGGGCAUAUUGGGCAAUAAAGAUUAUACAACAACAGCAACUGCUGUUAUUUUGUACAGAGUAGCUGAAUUAUGCGAGAUAAUCAAUAUAACAAUUCUUGUCGUGGCUGUUUGUGUUCUGCACGGCGUGCAAACGUUCUGUGAUGAUUUGCAUUUUAUGACUGGGUUCCCUGUAACGCGUUCGUGGAAAGUUGCUUGGUAUUUAAUGCCAGUUAUAUAUAUUAUUUUGUGCGCUGUAUCAGUACAGCACUAUUACAACGAAAAAAUGGGUUUUAAAUUUAACAUGGCGCACAAGAGGACGAUUUUAAUUUGUGGUGCAGUGUUUUUAUCGCCAAUUUUUUUAUUUGCCUUCUACGAAAUAUGGCAAUAUAUGAAGAAAAAGAACUUAGUGGGGUUAUUUAAAAGUACAGAACUUUAUGGAUCCCAAGAUCCCGAAGAAAGGCAUUUAAGAAACGUUUAUAACCCUAGAACUGAAAUAAAAUCAAAAAGAAAAAAUGAUUCCUGCAGACAUCGUUGUUUAAUUAAUAACAGAGCAUAUCAAAAAGCAGUUAAUGAUGAAAAGCGAGAAGCCCAACAAGGAUACGAUCAUGAAAGUCACUUUAGCGAAGAAAUUCAACUCAAUUAAUAUGAAAUUAUCGUUAAUAUUUAGGUUGUUCUUUUCGUUUCUUAAAGAUUUAAAUUUCAAUUUGGUAUCAUAGGUUAAAUCAAUUCUGAACAGACAGGUCAGGUAUUGGGUGCAUUUCAUAGUCAAAUAG